UCUCUUUCUUCUUUAGUCUUUCUGCCACCAUUUGAGGAGGAGGAGUAGUUAUGGAGUUGGAAAGGAGAGGAGGCAUUGGUAUGGUUUUGGGAAUAGCAGCUGCAGUUGUAUUGGUUCUUGGGUUCUUCUUCCCAACAUGUACUUUGUCAGAAUCCUCAGACGAUAUCAACAGGGCCAGCUUUCCAAAACGUUUUGUCUUUGGUACCGCAUCUUCUGCUUUCCAGUAUGAAGGUGCAGUAAAAGAGGACGGAAGGGGGCCGUCCACCUGGGACAUCUUUUCACAUACUUUUGGUAAAAUAUCUGAUUUCAGUAACGCAGAUGUUGCUGUGGAUCAGUAUCACCUUUACAAUGGAGAUGUACAACUUAUGAAGGACAUGGGAAUGGAUGCUUAUAGGUUUUCAAUAUCCUGGUCCCGGAUUUUCCCCAAUGGAACUGGGCAAAUCAAUCAGGCAGGUGUUGAUCACUACAAUAAGCUCAUCAAUGCUUUGCUAGCCAAAGGAAUUGAACCAUAUGUGACCCUCUAUCACUGGGACCUUCCUCAAGCCUUGGAAGACAAAUAUAAUGGAUGGCUCAACCCUCAGAUCAUAAAGGACUUUGCAACGUACGCAGACACAUGCUUCCAAAAAUUCGGUGACAGGGUGAAGCACUGGAUCACAUUCAAUGAGCCGCACACAUUUUCUAUACAAGGAUAUGAUGUAGGUCUCGAGGCACCAGGAAGGUGCUCUAUCUUGCUUCACCUUUUCUGCAGGGCUGGAAACUCUGCCACUGAGCCUUACAUAGUUGGUCACAAUGUCAUCCUUUCUCAUGCAACUGUGGCUGAUAUUUACAGGAGCAAGUACAAGUCAAAACAGCAUGGAUCAGUUGGAGCAUCAUUUGAUGUUAUCUGGUAUGAACCAGAAACAAACUCCACAGCAGAUGUCGAAGCAGCCAAAAGAGCCCAAGAUUUUCAGCUUGGCUGGUUUCUUGAGCCGUUUAUUUUUGGGGAUUAUCCAAGUUCUAUGAGAAGUAGAGUUGGAAGCCGGCUGCCAACCUUUUCCAAAUCUGAGGCUGCUCUAAUUAAGGGGUCAUUGGAUUUUGUGGGAAUUAAUCAUUACACUACCUUCUAUGCGAGAAACGAUACUACUGAUUUUAUUGGAGGUCUGCUCAAUGACAGCCUUGCAGAUUCUGGUGCUAUUACCCUUCCAUUCAAAAACGGGAAACCUAUUGGAGAUAGGGCUAAUUCUAUAUGGUUAUACAUAGUGCCUGAGGGGAUGAGAAAAUUAAUGAACUACAUCAAGCACAAGUAUGGCAACCCUCCAGUCAUUAUCACUGAAAAUGGCAUGGAUGACCCAAAUAGCCCAUUCAUUUCCCUUAAGGAUGCUCUAAAGGAUGAGAAAAGGAUCAAAUACCACCAUGGCUAUCUAACAAAUUUGCUAGCUUCAAUCAAAGAAGAUGGCUGCAAUGUGAAAGGUUAUUUUGCAUGGUCUCUGCUGGAUAAUUGGGAGUGGGCUGCAGGAUUCUCUUCUAGAUUUGGCCUCUACUUUGUUGAUUAUAAGGACAAGCUCAAGAGAUACCCCAAGGACUCUGUUCAGUGGUUCACGAACUUCUUGACUUCUACUUAAGUUAGGUGAUAAACAUUGAUGCUACGUGCCGAAUUUCUACACUUACAUUUUACACCACAUAGUCCACAACUCAUCAAAUACACAAGGAUUGUUGCCCUUCAUGUUCUUCCGGGAUCGAGCAAGCCAUCACAAACAGUGUUUUAAAUGCAUUGAUUGAGAUCAUAGAUUGUCUACAGAUACUUGGAAGAAAAGCAACAUUAUGAUUAUAUCAAAAGAGAAACUUGGUUCAAAAUCACAAGCUUUUUAAGAGUUACUGAUAUUUUACUGUCUGCUUUAAUGUUUGAAGAAACAGAUUGGUGUAUUACUCUACGAGAGAUGACAUCAAUCUGCUCCAAAUUCCACCAUUAAGAAUAGUUUGAUAGCAGAAAAUAUUAAGUGAUAAUGGAAUGGUUGAAUUCAGCUAUAUAUU